AGUACCCGAUUAAGACCAGGGUGGAGUUGGUUGCAUUCGAGGAGCUGGAAGGUCAAUCCAAAACCAAGAUUACCUUUCAAGGCUUUGACGCUUCCAUAACCGACGCAGACUUGCCGCUACCUCCUGACGAGCAGCUGGAUCAUAUCCAGUCCCUCCAGUCGCCCAAUAUCACAGUCAAGGACGGGAUUAUAUACUAGGAUGACCCAGAUGAGUGUGCAACCCCUGACCUGAACAGGUGUGACUCCAAUUCUCUGUGCGUCAACACUCUGAACUCCUAUACCUGUGUGUGUCAACAUGGCUUCUAUGACGUCGGGCCCGCCUUCGUUCCCCCUCCUACCCCUGCCUCACAUCCUGUCUGUUAUGAAAAGGGGAUGUUCACCCAAUGCCUGGAUAGAUUGAUGGCCGGAGGUAUCGCCAAAGCCUUCCUGACUGGCUACUUCGGGGGCAACGUGACGGUUGUCCUGAAUGAAGGCCGUUGCACAAUGGAGGAGAGCGAGACGCUCUACCACUUCCGCGUGUUGCACAAACCCUCGCAGUGUGGAACGAGAUGGCUGGUGAACAGAACACACAUCGAGUUCCGGAACACUCUGACGGUGACCUUGAGCAGAGAGAGGACCAUCACACGAAGAGAUCUCAAGGUUAUCUGGAAGUGCAUCUAUCCCCGGAACUAUGUCCGCAACACCCAGAUAAACAUAGAUCUGGAGUGGAUCACCUCCCACUCUGUAGUGGAGUACAACUCCUCCCAUGAGCUGGGGCUGGCCAUGACCAUGUACAGCGACGAAUCCUUCUCCUACGACUACAGAGACUCAAUCUUCCUCAGCCUCAGCGACAUACUCUUCUUCGAGGUGGCCCUCCUGACCAACAACACGUUCGCCUCGGAGGUCCUGCUAGAAGUGGUUUCUUGCUGGGCAACAGAGAGCCCGGAUCCACAGGACGACACCAAGGGCUUCUUUCUCCUAGAUGGCUGCCCUGUUGACAGCACCUUUCAUUGGCUCUCUGUGAACGGUGUGUCACAGAGGAGUAGGUUCUCCAUUCAUAUGUUCACUAUGCCCAAGGAGUUACCCAUCUACAUACACUGCCUGGCCCGGAUAUGCAGUCACGAUGAGGACUGCACUACGAACUGUACAGUCCAGAGACUUUCAAAGAGAUCAACAGCUAGAUGGGAUCCAUACGUCAAAGUAGCCGUGGUCGUGUCUGCAGGACCACUGAUGGUCACCCAUGAGGCAGCACCAGGGACCAAACUCUCCAACUGGGAUGAGGCUGUGACGAUGAUCUACGUCGUGGGAGGAACCAUGGGUGUCUUGGUGUUGACGAUGCUUGGUGUGAGCGCAACAAAGGCUAUAAUGAAUUAUUAUGAGAGAGCAAAGCCUCAAUAAACACAUGGAACCACA